AUGGCGGCUUUGGCAUAUCACAAUAUGACUCUCUUAGGCAAGGUCGUUUGGCACCUCUGCAGUAAUUCCAAUAAGCUAUGGGUCCAGGUGUUUGAGCACAAAUAUCUUCAGGGAUGCUCUUUUCUUAACGUCCCACAGCGUCACAAUGCACCUGUAGUUUGGAAAGGCAUUCUUCAAGCCUGGAACCAGCUUCGUGCAGACUUCACAUUUAGAAUGGGGGCUGGAGAGUCCUCGGUGUGGUACAGUGACUGGUUGGGGCAUGGUAAAAUUUGGGAGCAACUACCUUUUAUCCAUAUUUUGGACACUACUAUGUGCCUACGUGACCUAGUGGUUCACAACCAAUGGGAGUUGGGACGAGUUACCACUAAGCUACUGAAGGUGAUGGUGGCUUGGUUUGUUAGUGUUACGCCGAAGCUAGAACCCAACAGUGUCGACGAGUGGAUGUGCGAUGGCAACGAAUUUGUUAAAUACAUAGUGAGGGAAGGCUAUUCCUUGCUUCGUGCUCAAAACCCGCCUCCAGGAAUUGUGCAGAACUGGUCAUGGGUGUGGAAGCUUCUUAUCCUGGAGAAGGUUCGAAUGUUUGUGUGGCUUUGCCCUUACGAUGCAAUCCCGGUGAAUUCCAACCGUUUUAAAUGUAACUUGGUUGUUUCUAAAGCUUUCUCAAGGUGUUCUUCCCCAAGGAAAGACAACAUUCAUAGCUUGAGAGAUUGCCCACACUCUCACGAAUUGUGGGGCAAGCUUGGUGCUUGGAGCUGGUCGAAUUUCUGGACCUUGGACCUCUCAGAUUGGACCUUGUUCCAUGCGAGGAGCGGGCAUUCACCUCGCUUCCUUGUAGGGCUAUAG